AAAAGAAAAAAGACAUCUCUCAGUUCUCAAGUUUAGAAUAACCAAACCGAGUCGGAAGAAAGAACAAGUCAACAAAUCACCAAAAGUCAACAUUUUCCCGCUGACACUGGGCAACCGUCCCAACCCGAACGGCAGCCUCACCGGCUCACCCUCCAAAACUUCCACCAAGUUCGCACAUGUAACGAAUUUGGCACGUGCCAAACAAACAGUGAACACUGACUCCAAAAACGCAAAUCGCUUUUUUUGAUCGUCCUCAGAAAAAGACGGGGCCUGGCCUGGAAGAUAAAAAUAACCAAAGCUUAAAGAUCUUUUGAAUUCUGAGAGAUGUGGAGAAGGCUAGUGACUUCACCCUUCAAAACCCUAGCCACCGUUCCAUGCCGAUCUGCUUCUAAGACGCCAUCGCCGUCGCCGCUCCGUUUCAAGUCUCACGUUUCUCCAUUCCCUUCCGCUUAUUUCCUUACUCGCCGCUUCUCUACUGGUUCAGCGGGUACUGCUGUGAAGAAGAGGGUUGAGGAUGUAAUGCCUAUCGCCACUGGUCAUGAGCGCGAGGAGCUUCAGGCUGAGCUUGAGGGAAAGAAAAUCCUUGAAGAUGUAAACAAUCCAGUCGGUCCUUUUGGCACAAAGGAAUCUCCUGCUGUCGUUAAGUCCUACUACAACAAGAGAAUAGUUGGAUGCCCAGGAGGUGUAGGUGAGGAUGAACACGAUGUUGUCUGGUUUUGGCUGGAAAAAGGCAAACCACAUGAGUGCUCAGUUUGUUCACAGUAUUUUGUGGCAAGCCUGUCUAGAGCGUGUUUGAUCAACCAGUUCGUGCAUUUAGUAGCUUAUGUAUAUGAAUUUGGAAGUUGUGGGCCCUGGAGGUCCUCCAGAUGGACAUGGUGACAAUGAUCAUCAUUAAUUGCAACCUCCAAUUUUUCUACUGAAAUAAAGUUUUGGAGAACAUGAUGGAAUGAUGUCCAGGCAUACAAUGCACCUUCAAAUUUUCAAACAAAGGUUGUCUUGUUUUGUUUUAAUUAUUCCUUGGUUCUCAUGGGUAUUUGAGAUGGUACCCCUAAUUUUCUCCUGGUAAUUUAGACACAGGGUGGUCAUAAUUUUUAACUAUGAAUCUUAUUAGGUUAACGCUACAUGCAUUGCCAAAUAAUCCAUGGCUACCUUACCAUUCUUUCAUGAAACUUCCUGCUGUUGAGUUUUGAAGUAAUCUUCUUACUAUAUAAGAACCGUUGAUUUGAUUUCA